GUACAACACUACAGUACUGAGACUCAUCUGUACAGCACCUCCAACAAGCACCUCAACCGAUCGUCUGAUGUCACAGCAGAGAGAUAUGAAGGGCUCAGCUAAACCAACUCAAUACAUUCCUAAAUGCCCACCUCAAGAGCAAACUAAAACUCCAUCUCAGUGCAUUCCUAAAUGCCCACCUCAGGACCAAACUAAACCACCAUCUCAGUGCAUUCCUAAAUGCCCACCUCAGGACCAAACUAAACCACCAUCUCAGUGCAUUCCUAAAUGCCCACCUCAGGACCAAACUAAACCUCCAUCUCAGUGCAUUCCUAAAUGCCCACCUCAGGACCAAACUAAACCACCAUCUCAGUGCAUUCCUAAAUGCCCAUCUCAGGAUCAAACCAAACCUCCAUCUCCGUGCAUUCCCAGAUGCCCACCUCAGGACCAAACUAAACCACCAUCUCAGUGCAUUCCCAGAUGCCCACCUCAGGACCAAACUAAACCACCAUCUCAGUGCAUUCCUAAAUGCCCACCUCAGGAACAAACUAAGGCUCCAUCUCAAGGCCCUAAAUGGUGAAACUGGAAAAGGAAUAUUUCAGAAAAAAACAUGAGCUAUCUUUGUAUCCUCUUUAGAGAAACCCUUAACUCAAAUUAAUAGCAUAUGUUAAAUAUCUUUGCUUUACUGGACAUGCAUGUAAAUGGUGGUGGGAGUUGGAGCUGUAAGUCGGCACAAACAUGUGCUUGACCUGAAUGAUCAACUUAUUGAAAAUCAUACAUGCAAAUGUUUUACUGAUUAAUAAAACACUGUAACACUUUAAACAAAUAAAGCUUCCUCAAUAAAACUUUCA